CGUAGCUCCGUCUGCUUCCGUCUGUGAAACAUCUAAAAGGCAUUUGAAGAUGCACCAGACGAACUGUUUUAUAAUGUCAGUACUGCUGAUGAUCGCUGAUGGAUUCAUUGUGCGCGGUCCCUCUGGUCCUCUGGUUGCUCCUCUGGGAUCUUCACUGGUUCUGCCCUGUUAUGUUGAUGAACCUUUACUAAUGGAGAGACUGGAGGUGGAAUGGAGAAGAACAAACUCAGAGACUUUCGUUCAUCUGUUUCAAGAUGGAAAGAGUCGACCAGAGGCACAGUCACAGGAUUAUCAGGACAGAGCUCAUUUCUUCACUGAGGAGAUUAAACACAGAAACUUCUCCCUCCGGCUGGACCAUCUGAGAGAUAAAGAUGAAGGACGAUACACAUGUACAGUUCACAGUCAGCUGGAGUCUGGAGAAACUGAGGUUCAAAUAAAAGAUGUUGAGCGUUUGCUGGUCUCAGGAUCGGAUCGGUCCAUGUCUGCGUCUGUGGGUGAAGACGUCACUCUGAACUGCUCUGUCGACUCUCACAUCAAACCUGAACACUUAGAUGAGGUUUCCUGGAAGAAAACUGAUGAAGAUAAUGAAGAUGAAGAUGUUCUGGUCCUGCUCUACCAAAACAACAAGACCUUUCCAGGUUCAUCAGAUGAGCGAUACCGAGACCGAGCUGAGUUCUUCACCGCUGAAAUCCCCAGAGGAAACUUCUCUGUCCGACUGAAGAGAGUCAGAACGGAGGAUAAAGGGGUUUACAUGUGUCAUGUGUUUGCUGGAAGACAUUCAGCCAAUGCAACUGUAGUGCUGGACCAACUGGGUUUCUCUGUGUUACACAUAAUAAUGCUGAUUCUCUGUAUCUCUGCAUCUGGAUCUGCACUUCUGCUCUUCUGUCUGAUCUACUGUAGAUCUACUACUGAAGGUUUGAUUGUGCAGAACUCUUUUAACGUUGGUAUUCUGGGAGAUUAUGUGGAUAUUCCCUGUCAUGUUCCUCCAAACGUACUGACUGAAGAUCUGAAGGUGGAAUGGAGAAGAAAGAGAAGAAACUCCGAGACGUUAGUUCAUCUGUAUGAAGACGGAGCAGAGAAACAGCAGGAGGAUUAUAAAGAUAGAGCUCAUUUACUUCCUGAACACAUUAAACAUGGAAACUUCUCCCUCCGUCUGGACGAUCUGAGAGCUGAAGAUGAAGGAGAAUACACAUGUACAGUUCACAGCAAGAACAAGUGUGUGUUUUCAGCCAACACAAAUCUGGUUCUGGAGUUCUUUAUGGAUAAAGUGUUUCCUCUGGGAUCUUCAGUGGUUUUGCCCUGUCAGGUUGACAAAAGCUUGAUAAAGGAAAGUCUGAGGGUGGAAUGGAGAAGAACAAGAGGAACAGACUCAGACUCAGAAAUAGACUCAGACUCAGAGGCUUUAGUUCUUGUGUAUAAAGAUGGAGCGAGUCGAGCUGAGGAACAGCACAAGGACUUUCACAAAAGAGCUCAUUUCUCAGAUAAGGAGAUUAAAGAUGGAAACUUCUCCCUCCGUCUGGAAAAGCUGAGAGCUGGAGAUGAAGGAGUUUACACAUGUACAGUUUACAGGGACGAGGAGAGUGUGUGUUCAACCGAUACAGAGUUGUACCUGGAAUUCACUGCGGAGCCCUGUUGUCACACACCUGUUCCUCUGGGAUCUUCAGUGGUUCUGCCCUGUUAUGAUGAUUAUGAUGAUGUUGAUGAACCUUUACUAAUGGAGGAUCUGGAGGUGGAGUGGAGAAAAACAGACUUAGAUGAUCCUGUUCAUCUGUAUGAAGAUGGAGAGAGUCGACCAGAGGCACAGUCGCAGGAUUAUCAGGACAGAGCUCAUUUCUUCACUGAGGAGAUUAAACACAGAAACUUCUCCCUCCGGCUGGACCAUCUGAGAGCUGAAGAUGAAGGAGAAUACUCAUGUACAGUUCACAGUGGCUCACCUGAGAAUCCCAGAACAUUUACAACCGAGAUAAAAGUGUUGCUGAAACUACUGGACUCAGUCUUUCGUCUUCAGAUGUUCCUCGUCUUCUGUCCAAAUAUUCUGAUGUGUCUCGCUUUCGUCCUCUGGGGGUUAUCUGAAGGAUCAGUGUUUGAGUCGGUCUGUUGUUCUGCUCUGUAUCUCCUGAGGCCGCUCGUGUUGCUCUGGACGGCUCCGUAUAUCAAUAACUUCACAGGCAACAUUAAAACAUGGAUUGAAGUUUUCAGUUAUGAUACAGAAUAUACAGUUUUCUCAGCUGUGUUUUACUCAGUGUUGUUUAAAUCUGCGUAUGACAGAAGUCUGAGCUACACUGGAUCUGAAGGAGUCAUGAUUAUAGUCCUGUUUGUGAUUGCGCUCCUGCUAAACCUCUUCUAUAUUACCUACUCGUUGCUCAGAUUAACUGUGACGCUGAGCGAGCGGAUCAAGACUAUAUUCAACGUUCUGGCUGGUAUAAGCUUUGAUGUUCUUCCUGCACUGCAGUUCAUCCUCCUGAUCUUCAGCUUCGGGUCGAGAACAGGAUUCCUCAUUGUUGCAGUGUUGCCGGUGUUGACUACAGUGACGAGAUAUAACUGGGACGUUACAUGUGGUCAAGACAUGGGCUGUUUACGUUCGGUCAGGAGAUCAGUGUAUGUGAUCUUCAUGUUAGUGGUCAAUGCUGGACUGGUGUAUUUCUACAACACAGCUCUGAAAAAUGAGAAGGAUCGUGUCGGAUGGGUGUGUGUGAUCGUGUUUCUUCAGUCACUCUGGACAGUGAAUAACUUCACAUACUCAUUUACAUGGGGUCAGUAUUAAUAUUCAUCUUCAUCU